UUUUUUCUUGGAGGGAAGACAGAUAUUACAAAUAUUACAAUACUCUUUGGUGACCAAGACCAGCCUACUGACGCGCAGUAUAUAUCGUUACCACAAACUCAGCAAGCAAGACAUAAAGCAAGACGAACCGGAAAAGAUGGCUGACUGGGGCAGCGGCUCGAGGACAAGGUACAAGGCUGUGCUUUCGGAGCAGCAAUCUUCUGUUGCAUUUGAAGACGAGGCAAUAGACCUGGCCGUCAUAGAGGGCCAGCUGCUCCCCUGCCGUGUGACGCACUUCGAGUCGUGCGAGAAGUUCUACGUGCAGCUGGACAUGGAUAAGGCGUCGCUGGUCGAGAAAGCCAUCGCGAACUACGACGUCAACUUGUUGAUACCGCUAACACAAGAUACUAUAACGGACGGCAUCCACUGCGCAGUGAAGCACGAGGGUAAAAUCUACCGCGCCAUCUUGAACGACACGUCAGACGCAAACAACGUCGUCGCCGUGUUGCCCGACUAUGGCAACACUGUCACCACAUCAUUGGCCAAUUUGAGUAUCCUGCCAACAGAACUGAGGGUAUACCACUACGAGUCCCAGGAGUGCUGCCUCAAUAACUACACGCCCGAGUCCUACAUGAUUAUGCCGCUUGAGGAGCUGAAGACGGCCCUCACUGGCAACAAGUUCAUUAUAUACGUGAACGGUGUUGAGGGGGACCGCCUGGUGACCGUCCUGUACGACAUCAGCACGGGCAAGCAGCUGAGCAUCUUCGAGCCCUACCUCCAGGGCGAGAGGUUGUGCGCGCGCACAGUCUUCAACUACAACUUCGGUCUCUGCAUCGUGCAGCACCUGCAGGGCCUCAACGAGAUCUACCUGCAGAAGAUGGCGGACAUCGAAAAGGUGCAGCAGCUGCUGGGCGAGCUCUACGUUUUCUACGAUGAAGGUACACCGGAACCGCUCGAGGAGUUCGAACCCGGCACCCUGUGCGCCGUCAAAUCGUCCGACGGCAACUGGUACCGCGCCAUCAUCAUCAUCGGCAUCAACCGCGACGCCGACGUCACCGUACAGUUCCCCGACUACGGCAACAAGGAGACCGUCCCCAAGGACAAGGUUAAAAAACUAGACCCUAGUUUCUUCGAACCGUGCGCUCGGGCUCUCGUCGCGAAGUUAGGACUGGUACCACUCCGCCACGACGCGGUCACCGAGUUGUCCAAAUGGACUUUAGACAAGGAGGUGCAAGUCACGCUCGUAUACGAAGACGGCUGGCUCGCCACUCUACACCUGGACGGAGCGGACUUGUCCAUGAAACUGGUCAACGAGAAGCUAGCCACCCCGGAGGUGAGUUCCGAACCCGUGCCGCUUCUCAGCAACGCGGUGCUCCAUUUCCAGAUGCCCGACAAGGUCGGCAAGAUCGAACAGAUCCAGGCCGAGCUCGCGGCCGCCGCCGACACGUACGAGGACCUGCAGACGCUCGAGUUAGGCACGCCGUGCGUCGCCAAGCACUUCGCCGACGGCCUCUGGUACCGCGCCCGGGUGCUCUACCCCGACAACAAGAAUACCGCCGUGCGCUUCAUCGACUACGGCAACCUCGUCGUGUUCCACAAACGGCGUGGCCUCAUCAAGAAAAUGCCGGAGAGUAUGUACGUGACGUCGUGCCCACCCGCCAGUGGUUCGAGGCGCUCGUCGACCUGCUAGUGGCCGUACCCCGUGCGCAACCACACCGACCGGCACGUGGCGCAGGGCUCAGAGCGUGAGCCCUCAGAGCGUUCUGAGUGCAGC